AUGGCCUCGCUUGGCCAGCUCGUCCUCGUCGCCGGCCUGGCGUUCCUGAUGCUGGCGGCCCAGGAUCACGUGAAACAUGGCCCGGCGGAGGCAGCCGCCGGCCUGCUCAUCACUGCAGCAGCUGCCGCUCCGGCGCCGCCGCCGGAGGUCAUCAACCCACCUGUGCAACCGUUGUCGUCGGAGGAAGCGGAGGCCGGGCAGCGGCCGCCCAUCCCUCCGUCCGGCCCGUCCGACCAGUUCAACGACAAGGUGAACGGCGCGAAGCCGUCAUCGGGCCGCACUGACGGCCGGCGCCUCGGGGCCCCGUGAAUUCGAGCGGCGGUCCGGUGUGUUAUAUUCUUGCAUUGUCCGGGUAAAAAAAGCGUGUCUUUCAUCUUAGCGAGUAGUGAUUCUGUCCUCUGCUAGAAAGAAAUUUAAUUUGAGCGGAUUUCAUGGUGAGACUGUGAGCGUAUUUCUUAUUCGUUUCGUCGAGUCUGAAUGUCUGUAAGAUCUGCCAAAUUUUCUUUCCAGUGGAGAAUGGAAGUGUU